AUGGACCGACAGUGCCAGUUCGACGAGUCCUGCUCGACAGGCUCGAGCCACUACCGCAAGGUCAUCUCCCACAUCUUUGGGAGAAACAAAAAGUGCACCGUCAACAUCCCAGACUCGGUCUGGAUCUACUACUGCCGCAAGCACUACCAGCGCGCCAGAUACCGCAACGACGAGUGGCCCUUCACCCAGUGCCGCCUCGCCAUCGACACCAUAGCCAACAUGCAGGCCUGGGGCGGCGUAGAGUCCUUUGACCUCACCCUCCGCCGCAGAGAGAGACUCCCUGCCACCACCACUACCACCGCAGCCACUUCUUCUGCUGCUGCUACUACCACCUCUGCUACUACUACCGCCACUACUACUGCUGCUGCUACUACUACUACGUCGACCUCGACUAAACGCUCGCCAAAGAGCGUCCCACGGCCUGUUCCGGACUGGCUGCACGACUGCGUGGGACCAAAAAAGUCCUUUGACGAGAUCCUCCAAGUGCUCCACGACCUGCGAGCCCACUUUCUCUCCCUCGCCAACAGCAACCAGGAAGCAUUCUUCCCGGACAUCGAGAUACUGCCCAACUUACGGCGGCCCUCCAAGAAGCCAACAUCCUCCGCCUCCGCCUCUCGACCAUCCACUGGCGAGUGA